UCCGCUGAAAUCAUUUUAAACGGACAACGGUCCGCACAUUUACACCGCGCGUCCUCUUUCAAUUAGUUAUUAACUAUUAUUAUUGCUAUUACUGUUAUUAUUUUUUUAUUAUUAUUUUUUCGUUUUCGUUUUCCCGCGACGGUGAUACGCGUAAAUAAUUAAACACUACUCCGGUUCUGGCGCUGAUAAUUUUGACGUCGUGUGCAUCGUUUUUUUAACAACACGCAAGGUUGAUAUAAAAAAUUUAAUCUUACCUAGCUACGGUCCUCUCAUUUGCUACCUGCCUUUCGAGUUCCGAUCGUUCCGGACCCGCAUCUUAAUUUGCACGUAAUCAGCGUAAAUCAAUCGCGUUUUUUAACCCCGUCGACAGAACACACCGUCAAUCCAUAUAAUGGCUGGUAAAAAAAAGGGACCAACUAAAGCACUAGCUAAAAACACAACAAAAACCACUGCUGAACAGGCGGAUGUUCCAAAUAAUGCAACUGAAUUAAAAGAUGAACCAAUAGAAGUAAAUGGUGUAACUAGUAUAGAAGAACUUGCAGAACCAGAUGUUAUAGCAAAAACCAAUGGUAAGCAAGUAGUUAAAAUAAAAAAAGGCAAAGGCCAAAAAAAGAAUGCUGAAGUUGAAGUUUCUGAUGAAAAACCAGUUACAACAAAAUCAAAACGAAAUAAUCAAUCAAACGGAGAUGAAAAACAAUCUACAAACGCUAAUCCUAAAAAAUCUAUUUCAACAAAUGGUACUGCUCGAACUAAACGUAAACAAGAAUCUGAAAACGAACAACAGUCUACAAGUUCUAAAAGAUCGAAAAGAAAAUCGCUUGAAGAACAAGCAACUGAAGUCAAGAGAAAAAAGACUGAAAAAAUAUCAGAUAAAAUUGCCAUUGAUAACCGAAUUGAAACACCUGGUAUUAUGAUGAUCAAAGGACGAGAUAUAGUGAUAGCCGGAUUAUUUGGUUUAGGCCCUGAUCGCGAACAGCUUACAAAUCUUACUGAAUUGAAGAAUUACAAAUUCAAACUUAUUGCUGCUGGAAGUAUGCAUGUUUUGGGUGUCACUGAAGAUGGAAAACUCAUGUCAUGGGGUUGUAAUGAUGAAGGUGCAUUGGGUCGAGAUACUUCAGUUGAAGACAGUGAAACUAGACCUGGAGUUGUACAGAUUCCUGAAGAAGAAGGUGCAGAAAUAUAUAGUAUAUCUGCUGGCGGUUCUCAUUCUGCAAUACUCCUUAGUAAUGGCAAUGUAUAUAGUUGGGGCACAUUUAGAGACAAAAAUGGAGAUAUGGGAUUUCAUCCGAAUGGAGAAAAACAAUUGACGCCUAAAUUAAUCAUGAGCCAUGUGAAAAAAAUUGCGUCUGGUAUAAAUCAUCUAGUCAUGUUGUCUAAAAACAAAGUUUAUACUAUGGGAUGUGGAGAUGAGGGACAACUUGGUAGAAUAUGCCAAAGGCAUUCCAAUAGAGAUUCACGUGUUGGAAAACAGCUUCUGUUGAAUCCUCAACUGUUAAAUUUACGUAAAAAAGUUGAUGAUAUCUGGGCUAAUUAUGAUACUACAUUUUUACGUUUAUCAGACUCUUCGAUUUACUCUUUUGGUCUGAAUGCUCAUGGCCAAUUGGGUGUUGAAAAUGAUGAUAAAUGUGUGUACUUUCCAAAAAUGUCAGAAUCUUUAAGUCGUCUCAAAAUUAAGUCCAUAUCAGCUGGAACACAGCAUGUUACUUUACUAGAUGAACAAGGUGCCGUGUAUGUAUUGGGCGAUUAUAAAGAUGGCCGUUUGGGAAUGGAUAUAGCAGAAAACCAAAAAGUUCCCAAAGUGUUAUCAUCAUUGCCACAAAUUAAACUCGCAACGUGUGGUUCGGAUAACAGUUUUGUUGUUACUGAAAAUAAUAAAUUGAUGGCUUGGGGUAUUGGUUUUGAAGAAAAGGAUUACACUGAUGUUAUUUAUUAUAUACCAACGGAUAUUGAUGCAGCCAACAAAAUAGAACAGAAAACAAUAGUUCAGGCAACGUCUUCAGAUUCAGCUGUAUUUUUGCUAUUACAAGAAUAACAUGUCAAAUUUAAUAUUUUUAUUAUUUUUUUCUCGGUAACUUGUUUUUGUUCUUAGUAAGAAUGUUUUCUUGAUAUCCGUUCUUUUAUAUCAAUUUUUACAUAUUUUGAAAUGAUAACUUGAACAAAAACAUUUAUUCAUUCCUUAACAGUUUUUUUUUUUUGACAGGAUAAACUUACUUAAAUACAUUUAUUCAAUGUUUUAUAUUUUUAUCAUUGGACUGAUUACUCUUGCGCACAUGUAUUGUAUACAUGAAACACAUUUAAUUUGUCAUAAAUCACUUUUCAAGUUAAUUUGAAAUAUGAUAUUUUUACUUAUUUCUUUUUAUUCAAUUUUAAUUAUUAUUUAUCAUUUUUUUUUUUUUUUACUAAAUUAUUAAUUUAUUAUAAUUUGGAUAUAUUAUACAUAGGUGGAAUUAUUUUAAUAACUUGGUCAAUAUUUUUUCUUUUUAGUUAAAUUACAAUUUUUCCUGUA